AUGCGACCCAAUCACUCACUGAAAGGCAAACUCCGCCGGGCCUCGUUGAGCCUGGUCCGAGGAAUUGUUCACUGUCGCGACCGUCGCGGAUCCGAGCCGGGAAGCAGCGCCCACGACCACCACACACCGGCAAGACCUACAACGGCACACUCGGCCUGGCACAAGUUACGACAGGCUACAACUUUCCGUCACUCUAGAUCAGCACACGGCAGCCGCAGCGGCUUGGGGACUAUCUACUCGCCUAUGAGCUCCACUUUCCCAGACGUCCCGGUUCCCGGCAAUGGACUCGAACCACCCAUCAUCCCACAUCAUACUGGCGCCGGGGCGAAGGCCGCCGUCGCCGCGUUCCAGAACCACAAUUUCGCUUUCCAACAGAGGCUGGAGUGGCUGUCGGAAGAAUCACAGAAUGACCGCGAAAGCGGCAUUGGCAUUGCUGUCGCUUCCGCUUCCGAGCUCGAGCUGAGCAACGCCGCAAUGACCGAAGAUUCGUCUGUUACCCGCGUAGACUUCAUUUCUCAGCUUCCUCUGGAGCUUGCCGUGCAGAUCCUUGCGCACCUGGAUGCCAGGGAUCUUGCGGUAGCUACGCGCGCUUCCAAGGUGUGGUAUGAAAUCGCCCAAGAUCAACACAUCUGGCGCCAAUCCUUCCUCAGGGAGAAGACCACCACCUUUGCGACUAGCGAAUCCAUCCAGCCUGGUGUUGGCCUCGGCAUUCCUGCCAUCCAGCCUGAAAAUGACUGGCAGAAGAUAUAUCGAGCGAAACACGAAUUGGAGAGGAAGUGGAAGGAAGGAAACCGCGCCCGCCCGAUUUACUUGAAUGGUCAUUUGGACAGCAUCUACUGCUUACAGUUCGACGAGUCCAAGAUCAUUACCGGUUCCCGAGAUAAGACUAUACGGAUAUGGGACAUGCACACUUUCCAGUGCCGCCUCGUCAUUGGGCCCCCGGAAGUUGUUAAUGACACUUCCAUCCUGUUUGAUCCCAAUGGCCAGCCCGUACACUAUGCCGUUGUUCCUGAAGAUGACCGGGCUCAUCAAUCGGUUCCCGCGACAGUCUCGUUUCCGACUCACCACAAAGCAUCGAUUCUGUGCUUGCAGUACGAUGAUGGCAUCCUGGUGACUGGUUCGUCGGACUCGAGCUGCAUUGUGUACAACAUGAAAUCCGGCUACCGGCCAAUUCGACGUCUGCAGUACCACACGGCUGCUGUGCUUGACCUGGCCUUCGACGACAAGCAUAUCGUCACCUGUUCCAAGGACAUAAGCAUCUGCGUGUGGGACCGCAACACCGGUGCUCUUCUGAAGCAGCUUAAGGGGCACACUGGCCCGGUGAACGCGGUCCAGAUGCGCGGCAACACCAUCGUUUCGUGCUCGGGCGACUUCAUGGUCAAACUCUGGAACAUCGACAGCGGCCGCAUCAUUCGCGAGUUUGCAGGACACACUAAGGGUCUCGCCUGCAGCCAGUUCUCGGAAGACGGACGGUACAUCGCGUCGGCAGGCAGCGACAAGUUGAUCCGGGUCUGGGACGCCAACACGGGCGAGUGCAUCCGCGAGAUGCAGGCGCACGACAGUCUGGUGCGUAGCCUGCACAUCGACAGCGUCAGCGGCCGCCUUAUCAGCGGCUCCUACGACACGGACAUCAAGGUCUUUGACAUGGAGUCGGGCGACCAGCUGCUGGACUUCCCGCGUUGGCACGCCAGUUGGGUUUUGAGCGCGAAGAGCGACUACCGCCGCAUUGUGAGCACCGGGCAGGACCCCAAGAUUUUGAUUAUGGACUUUGGUGCUGAGGUGGAGGAUAUUGAGAUGCUUGAGAGUGCGCCUAAGGCGGAUGUGGCGAGGGCGGCGGGGUUCAUAUGA